AUGGCGUUCACGAUCAAUUGCAGUAAGUGCAACAAGCAAUUUAAGACGGGUUAUUCUGCGAAGAAGCAUUACGAUCAUAGCCACUAUCAGCACCCCUAUCAAGGUGGGAUAUUCAGGGACUCGCGAGGACAAGCGCUUGUGAACCAGCCCAAAGCUAUACAACUGGAUAAAGAAGAAAUGCCUCACUAUAAAAUGUGGUUGGCAUUAGUAGCCGAGCAAAUUGUUGGAUCCUUAACUCCAAGCGGUAAAGGUGAGGAAUUUACAGAUUUUAUAAAGUCUAUUAAUCCCUGCAGAAGGCAAUGGUGUUCUCUAGUAAAACUGCAAAUUUCUGGUAUAAUAGCGAAACAAAAGUACAUUCCAUUCUUUUAAUUUUUUAGCUGGAUGGCAACAGAUACAUGAAGUCCACGUUAAAAAGAGUCACUUCGAGCAUCUACUUUUUAGCUUAGGCAGCCCACCACUGUACCAGGUGCGAGAUGUAAAGCACCACAAGCAACCUUUACAUCACGAUAUUACCCGUAGGUUUUCCUACAGAAUAUAUGACGCGGAGGUGGUUUUAAAUGCACUGACAGAACAAGAGAUUGUAAGGAUGCAGACCUCGGCAGCGUUUAGGUAUGGUGCACAAGUCAAUUUUCAACGUUUCACAAGUACAGAGGAAGCAGUCGAGGCAGCCAAACAAAGAGCAUUUUCGCGCUUUACGACUCGUGUUCAAGGUGAGCAACAAACACCAACAAGCCGUUCGGAAAUUGUUGUAAAUGCUGGGGAAGGUAGAUCAACCAGAGAAUUGGAGUUAAUAUGGUGGCCUGACGUGUUUCGACAUUGCAGAGACUACGGAAAAUUAACAGUGCGUCUGUUUGUUUCAAAGACAACGUUUAAACGUUAA